AUGGAGCUCGAACAAAGAAAAAGCGAGGCCUCGACCUCUCGUCCUGUCGCACCUAUCGAAGAUGUCGAAUUUGGUCACACGGAUGAGCGAACGGGACUUGUCGCUAAAGGCUACAAGAUCGGACCCAUUACGCUACCGGCGUACAGAUCCCCUUUAGCACAAACGAUUCUGAUUGCCUUCGUUUGUUUCUUGGUAGUUGGCAUGUUUAACGUUAUUGCCUCGCUAGGAGGCGCUGGACAGGUUGACGCGACGACAUCAGAUAAUGCUAAUGUUGUUCUCUACUCAAUCUUUGCGGCGCUGGCGCUAGUCUCUGGCUCUGUUUGCAAUUAUCUUGGCCCCAAGAUUACACUAGCUAUGGGUGGUGUUGGCUAUGCUCUGUUUGCGGCUUCCUUCUGGUGCUAUAAUCAUACACAUAAUGAUGGCUUUGUUCUUUUUGCUGGUGCCAUGUGUGGAUUCUCGGCAGCAUUUCUAUGGACUGCAGAGGGCACCAUGUUGAUGUCGUAUCCGACAGAGGAUCAGAAGGGCCGGUAUAUCAGUCUGUUUUGGGUUAUUUGGUCAAUGGGUGCUGUCAUUGGUUCUAUUAUUCCGACAGCGCAAAACUGGUCUAAUACCUCAAGCGGAAGUGUCAACGACGGCACGUACAUCGCACUCUUCGUUCUCAUGCUCUCUGGUAGCUUUGUCGCUAUGUUAUUGGUUCACCCAAGCAAGGUCAUCAGGGAUGAUGGUACAAGAGUCUAUGUGGUCAAGCAUGCAUCGUUACUUCAGGAGCUGAAGAAUGUGGUAAAGAGUGUUCGUGUCGAGCCUUGGAUCAUUCUCUUCUUCCCCUACUCUUUCGCCGGACUUUGGUAUGGAACAUACCAGAGUAACGACUACAAUGGUUAUUUCUUCAACGUUCGCACUCGUUCGUUUAAUGCCAUCUGGUAUAAUGUAGCCCAAAUGGCAUCGGCUGGACUUUUGGGCAUAUUCUUGGAUCUGAAGUACUUCAAGCGAAGGACUCGAGCGAUCAUGGGUUGGGUCUUGAUGUUUGUUAUGUUCAAUGGGGUCCUGAUUGCAGGGAUUUGGCCCCUGCGCAAGUCUAGUCGGGAUCAUCCAGUCACCGACCCGCUCGAUGUCAAGGAUAGCAACGCCGGAGGAUACAUUGCUCUAUACUUCUUCUACGGAUUCCUUGACGGCGCUUGGCAAUGCUUUGCUUACUGGAUCAUGGGUACCUUAAGCAACGAUCCCUUGGUGCUGAGCAUGUACGGCGCUUUUUAUAAGGUCUUCGGGGCUACGGGCAAUGCUAUUGUUGCUUCACUUGACGCCGAGAAGAAAUCCUAUGUCACAAUGUUCGGGUCGUACUGGGGUCUGACGGCUGGCUCGUUGCUAGUUUUACUACCUCUGGUGUUGAAGCGUGUCACGAAUACAAGCAUGAUUGUUGGAACAGCUGGUGAAGCAAAGAUGGUUGGUGCGGGAGGCGGACAAGGUGCACUAGCUGUGGGAGUGGAUAUCGAAAUCGAAGGAGAGGAGCUAGGAAAAGAAAAGGCAAAGGAGUAA